GACUGAAGAGCAUAGAUCGCCACACAUGCCACAACAAAUAAAUAAAAAAUGUGACACAAUUCAUUCCUAAUUUUGUGUUACUUUUAACCAUAAUUAGUUUCACACUAUCAUAACAUAUAUAUAGCACACGUAUAAGAGAGAUACUUCAAAGUAUACACAUCAAAAUUUUGUUCACCAUUUCCCACAUUGUUUAGAGUUUUGGGUUUUGGUGAUUUUUUGUUCCAUUCCAAUGGCUUCUUGGCAUUCAGUUCCAAUUCAUGUGGCUUAUGAAGUUUUGGGUUGGUCUGCAUUCGUUUCUUGGUCUAUUAGUUUCUACCCACAAGUUAUCUUGAACUUUCGUAGGAAAAGUGUUGUGGGGUUGAACUUCGAUUAUGCGGUGCUAAACUUGGUGAAGCAAAUUUUCUACUUGAUCUACAAUUGCUCUUUAUACUUCAGCCCCGCUGUUAAAAAGCAAUAUGGAAAUAAAUUUGGCCACAAACAGAUGAAUCCUGUGGCAUUAAAUGAUAUUGCAUUCUCAGUUCAUGCUGUUCUACUUUCUGCAUUUACCUUGUACCAGAUUGCAAUUUAUGAUCGUGGAAAUCAAAAACUCUCAAAGAUGGCUGCAGGACUCACUGUUAUUGUGAUCUUAACAUCAGCAGUUUGUGUCUGCAUAGCUUUCCCUCAUCACCAUUGGCUUUGGUUAAUCUCCAUCUUCAAUGUCAUCCAAGUUGCUUUGACAAUUAUAAAGUACAUUCCCCAGGCAGUGAUGAACUUCAUGAGAAAAAGUACUGAAGGAUGGAGUAUUGGAUUGGUUUUGCUGGAUUUUUUUGGAGGGGUAGCAAACUUUUUGCAAAUGAUUAUGCAAUCCAUUGAUCAAGGUUCUUGGAAGAACAUCUAUGGAAAUAUAGGGAAACUUCUGGUAGCAGUGGUGUCUAUAUUAUUUGACAUAAUUUUCAUAUGCCAACAUUAUUGCUUAUAUCGUCAUUCCAAAGAUAACAAGUCAACAGAUCAACAAUUAUCAGAGAAUGCUUCGAAUCAUGCAGAAGUUUAAUCAUAGAGCAUGUUUAUAGAGAUUUUGAAAAGGGUUUUGAUCUCUUUCUAAAUAUGUUCUCUAUGAUCUGUUAGCUUUACUAUAAUGUUCACCACUUGUAAAUAUAAUUAGUUUUUGUAGCUGCAUUAGUAUUUUUUCAAUUCAAGGA